CUCCCAGUGCUUGGAUACAAUAAAACAUCAGUGUUUGAUUGUUUCAGUCUGAUUAUUUUUUGGGUUGAUAGGUCGAUCGAUUACUUCCGCCUUUCUUCAAACGAAACAUGGCAGCCACUCCAGCUACAAAUCCGUCACAGUUGCUCCCACUUGAGCUCGUGGACAAAUGUAUAGGUUCCCGAAUCCAUAUCGUCAUGAAGAACGACAAAGAAAUUGUUGGCACCCUGUUGGGUUUCGACGAUUUUGUCAACAUGGUACUAGAGGACGUGACAGAAUUUGAAAUCACACCGGAGGGAAGGAGGAUCACCAAACUGGAUCAGAUACUGCUCAACGGCAACAACAUCACCAUGCUCAUACCUGGAGGUGAAGGGCCCGAAGUAUGAACAUAACAUUUUGCUGAAAACAUUGUUUUACGUUGUGGAUGUAUACUUGCCUUCCUAGCAGUACUUACUUUCCUCAGUUUGUGAUGAUGUUUUAUUAUGGUUCUUUUGGUUUUGAGAAAAUAAAUGUAACAAAAGUUUAGUUUUUUCCCUAAUGAAGGCUUGAUAAAGGUUUGUGUACAGAGCAACAGUUGGUUGGAACUUUGACAUGUAUGACGUCAACCAUUUCUACUUUAGUGGUGAGAAACAGUCCAAUUUUGUUUUGUUUUUUGUUAUAAAUAAAUCACAGUGAUUGAAAAUAAA